GCAUUUUGGAUAUUAACUCAAGAAAAGACCAAAGAAUUUUUUUUGUUCGGGUCUUGAAAGACGAAAGAGUUGAGUUGCGGGUUUGAUCUCGUCUAAGUCCAAUCCAAAUGGCGCGGUGGUGGUGGAAGGCGGCGCUGGUGGUGGCGAUGGUGGCCGCGCUGAGAAGCUACGCGCUGAGCCACGGUUGGGACAAGGACGCCGCCCUUAACUUGCUGACUCACUGGUCCCAAAGCCUUGGCGUAUGGGCCAUCCCUCUCUAUGUCUCCGUACACACUAUCUCCAUCGCACUCUGCCUCCCCUCCGCCGUCUUCCUCGAAGCCGCCGCCUCUCUCCUCUUCGGCUUCCUCCCCGCCGUCCUCUGUGUCUUCUCCGCCAAAAUCCUCGGCGCCUCCCUUUCCUUCUGGAUCGGCAGGUUGAUAUUCAGGAGUUCCAAGUCAGCAGUUGAAUGGGCCCACAGAAACAGAUACUUUAAUCUUCUUUCGAAAGGAGUUGAGCAAGAUGGUUGGAGAUUUGUUCUUCUUGCUCGCUUCUCACCGCUGCCGUCAUAUGUUAUUAACUAUACCUUAGCUGCUACCGAUGUUGGGUUCCUUUUGGAUUUUCUUCUUCCCACUGCAAUUGGAUGUAUACCCAUGAUCUUGCAGAAUACAUCAAUUGGAAGCCUCGCCGGUGCUGCUGUAGCUUCAGCCUCCGGCUCCAAGAAAUCUCAAUUUUGGUCUUACUUUUUCCCCCUAGUUGGUAUUUUAUCAAGUGUACUUAUUUCCUUGAGAAUUAAAAAGUACUCAACUCAACUUUCGGUAUCUGAAAACACUCCCAGCAAAGAUAACCCCGUUGAAGCGCAUUCAAAAAGUUCUUAACAUUGUCUUAGGUGCAAAAUUAAUAUCAUACAAGCUUUUCUUUUUUCAUCUUUUUUAUUUUUAUAAAUGAAUGUUCUGUUAUAAUCUGAAACAUGAUCUUUCACUUAGUCUGGUAGUUGCUCUCAGUUUUCACUCUUGUAAGAUGUUUAUAUGUUCAGACUCAGUCCCUUAGAUCUUGGUUGGGAUUUUCCUCUUAACAUUUGAGUAGAUUCGUUGAACUUACUCAA